AUGAAGGUUUUCGCUGCUCUCUCCGCCGUCGCCCUCGCUCAGGAUGUCCGACAAAUGAGCUCUCACGAACGACUCGACUCUGUCUCUGAGAACAUCAACACCUGGAUUGAUACCUACAUCUCCGACCACAACCGAGUCAACAAGUACAGAGACCAAUUCACCAAUCUUGUCAACUACCUUGACGCCAAGUUGGAUAUGCAGUGCGCUGGAGAGAACCAAGACGAAGUCGAGCAACUUGCUGCUGAUGAUGCUAUCGUCGAGCUCGGCGCCGAGGAGAGAUCCGAAAGCGAAUGA